UGCGGUAAAUGCACUUGGACAUAUUGUCAGUCACAAGUUGUGAAAUAUGUUUUAAGCAAUUAAAUUCUUUCAAUAUACUUGAAAAUUACGUAUCACUUUGCAAAUCGUUCCGAGAAUAAAUGCUAAAAAAAUAAGUAGGUAUGUACUACCGUUUCGAUACGAACUAUACUUGAUAUUCAAACGUAUCUACUCUAUCCCUCUACCCUAACAUUUCUAUUUUGAAAAUCCCAAAUCAAUAAAUUUGAUUUUUUAGAAGAAUAACUCGCGUCAUUAAUCAUCCAUGCUUCUCCACCACUACCGCCACAAAAAACCCUUUUUUGCUCCUUCCACUAUCUCCGGCGAUAACCCUUACACUUCUUUUCUCCAACAAUCACCGUGCACAUUUUACAACCAAAUUUUAACAAACCAAGAAUGUACAACCUUUUAAUACUGGCAGGAGCUAUCGCUUCUGCCACCGGUUUUAUCGACUUCUUUGCCCCCUUCAGCCACCCGAACUGCACUUACGACCAAUUCUUCUGCACCAACUUCGACUGCAUUCCAUCGAGCAAGCAGUGUGACGGUCACGAAGACUGCAGCGAUGGUGUCGACGAACACGACUGCGAUCUAUAUCACUGCAAACAACCGUUUUUCUUCAAGUGCAAAAACGCAAGGUGCAUCAGUACUAGUUUUGUCUGCGACGAGGAGAACGACUGCGGAGACUUUUCCGACGAAGACUCUUGCAAAGGGUUGCAGCAGAUGAAUGGUACUUGCCCGGAAAGCCACUGGCAGUGUUCCAACAAGAGAUGUAUAGCGAAAGAGUGGGUGUGCGAUGGGCAGAGCGACUGCUCGGACGGGUCGGACGAAACGCUGGGCUGCAGUAGUACCAUCGUUUGUAAAGACUUCAAAUGCAAGAAUAAUCACUGCAUCUUCAACGAGUGGCGCUGCGAUGGACAAGAUGAUUGUCGAGAUAAUAGCGACGAAGAGAACUGUGGUAGUACUAUCGACCCCAAACAAUGCACUAUGGAGAACGAUCGUUUUCUCUGCGCUGAUGGCAAAACCUGCAUCAAGUUCAGCCAAGUCUGUGACGACGUCCCCCACUGCCCCAACAAGACAGAUGAAGGGACUGCGUGCUCUAAGACUUGCGAUCGUUGCUCUCACCAUUGUCUUCAACUACCAACAGGACCUGUAUGCAUAUGUCCAGAUGGGUACCACACCAGAAAAGGCAACGUAUGCCAGGAUAUCAACGAGUGUGAUAUCUACGGAAUCUGUGACCACAAGUGUCAAAACACGCCCGGUUCGUACCAAUGUGCUUGUGACGAAAAUUACAGGCUUCAGUCUGAUGGGAAGACUUGCAAGGCACACUUUGGAGAAGGUACCUUGUACUUUAGUUCCAAGAAGGAAAUAAGGGCCUACUUUUUACGAUCCGAGGUUUAUUUUGCGGUUGCUAAAAACCUCAAGCAAGCUGUGGGGGUGGAUUUCGACGGCAAGUAUGUGUACUGGACAGAUAUUUUUUCAGAGCACGAGAGCAUAGUUAAGUCGCCGAAGAAUGGGGAGAAACGAGAGCUUUUGGUGACCUCUGGUUUGGGAGCACCCGAAGACUUACACGUAGACUACAUUACAAAAAAUAUCUACUUCACGGAUGGAGAAAGGGAGCAUAUAGGUGUCUGUACCAACGAUGGCACUCAUUGCGCCAUCAUCUUUAUCGAGAACAUCCAUAGACCAAGAGGCAUAGUUCUUAAUCCCGAAGACGGCGAAAUGUACUGGACCGACUGGGGCGACCAUCCCCAGAUCGGGCGCGCUCUCAUGGACGGUCGCAACGCCACUUCUUUCGUUUCCGGCAAUAUCCGCUGGCCCAAUGGCCUCGCCCUCGACCUGCCCAAUUCCCGCCUCUACUGGACCGACGCUAAGCAGACUACCAUCGAAAGCGUGCGUCUCGAUGGCACCGACCGCCGCAUCAUCCUCCAGGGCAUCGUCAAGCACCCGUACGCCAUCGCCGUGUUCGAGAACCGCCUCUUCUGGUCGGACUGGGGCACGAACUCCAUCCAGUCCUGCGACAAGUUCACUGGCAAGAACCACCGCACCAUCAUCAAAGAGCAGAAGGACAUCUACGACAUCACCAUCUACCACCCCACCAACCACAAGAAGCUGUACAACCCGUGCGUGGGCGCCAUGUGCAGCGACGUCUGCCUGCUGAGCGGCACCACGUACUCGUGUGCAUGUCCGCCGGACAAGGAGAUGACCUCUGAUAACCACACCUGCAAGGUCGCGAUCAAGAGGCAGAGGUUGGUGCUGGGUGCUGGCAGCAUGUUGCUGGAGGUGGAGCACCAAGUGCUGGGGAAGCACUCGGCGAGCGCGUUCUCGGUGAUGGUGAAGAAGAUAGGGGCGCUGGCGUACAACAGCGUGGAGAACGUGGUGUAUGUAAGCGACCUGGGGACCAGGAAGGUGGUGAGCGUGGGAAUGACGACGGGAGGAGCGAAGCUGGUGGAGGUGGGCGAAGUGGGGCAAGUGACCGCUAUGGACUACGAUUACCUAGGCAACAACUUGUACUGGUGUGACUCGGAACGCAAAACUUUAGAGGUCUUCAAUUUUAACACACGGUCAAGAACGGUUCUUUUGCACGAUUUAUACGGCGAAGUGCCAGAAGCCAUCGUUUUAGUACCAGAAGAAGGGGUUAUGUUUGUCGCCUUUCGCCACUUCGAUCGUCCAGCCAGUCAUGUCGACAGACUUUUGAUGGAUGGUACUACCAGAACCCAUCCUGUCGAAGAAGGUCUUGUUGGUCCCAUAAGCCUCUGUUACGACUCCACGCUUCAUAGAAUCUUCAUAGCAGAUGCAGGUACUGGCAAGAUAGAAAGUACCAGCGUGGAAGGCAACGACAGGCACGAAUUUCGCUCUCUGGUAACAUUACCAAUAGGGAUAGCGUCCCUAAAGUCGGACCUUUUCUGGGUGAACAGGUACUCGAAGUCAAUUAAAUGGGGCGAUAAAUUUAACGCCGCAAUUUCGAGUUACAACAAAAAAAUUACUUUGGAUUUACCUCACGACAUAGACAGGAUGUACAUAGUCUCCGUAACCCCACGAAAAAUCGGCCUAAGUCCUUGCCAGAAUAAUAACGGCGGCUGCUCCCACCUCUGUCUUCAGUCACGAAAGAAAAUCGUUUGUGCUUGUCCAGUAGACCAAACUCUAAACAAAGAUAACAAAACGUGCAUCAAACGUACUGAGUGUUUCUCAAACCAGUUCUUCUGUACGAGUACUAACACUUGCAUCUCGAAAAUCUUGCGGUGUGAUGGUACCAAAAAUUGUCCCAACGGUGAAGAUGAAGCCGACUGCAAAAAAUCCAAUCAUUGUCCUUUGAACUACUACCAGUGCGAAGAUGGAGAGUGUAUUGAAGACUCGCUAAGGUGCAACUAUCAGUUCGAUUGCAGAGACAAAACAGAUGAAAGAAACUGCAGUCACGUGGUGAUGACCAAAUGUCCUCCUAAACACUUCAUGUGCAAGAACCGCCGUUGUAUUAACGAAAGACUUGUCUGCGAUGGAGUUAAAGACUGCGAUGACCGCGAAGACGAAGAGAACUGCGUAGCCACAAUUUGCAAAGAUAAUGAGUUCAGGUGUAAAUCUGGAGCUUGCAUUUCCAAAGAGUGGGAAUGCGACCACGAGUUUGACUGCCCAGACAUGUCAGAUGAACAUCCUGGUUGUCCUAAAUGCAGCCUUCCUCAAUUCACCUGUUCCAAUGGUAAGUGUAUCGACCAAAGCUUCCUCUGCGACGGCGAAAACGACUGUGGCGACCACUCCGACGAAAUUUCUUGCUCCAAAAUCAUCGAAACGUGCAAAGAAAAAGAAUUCUCGUGUUCGCCGCGUUCUCAACAUUGCCUUCCCAGAAGUGCUCUAUGCAAUGGUACCGUCGAGUGCCCACGCGGCGAAGACGAGAACCACUGCUCCAACGACUGCCAAGUAGACGAGUUCGAAUGUAAGAACAAGAUGUGCAUACCACGAGAAUGGUUGUGCGACCACUCCGAUGACUGUGGAGAUAAGAGCGAUGAAGUACCCACCAUGUGCAACCACACGGUGCCACAUCAAGAAGAAGUCGAUACCUGUCAGAACAAGUACCGAUGCAAAAAUGGCCAGUGCAUCGAUUUUACUUUGGUAUGCAAUUACGAGCAUAAUUGUUCGGAUGGAUCCGACGAGAAUGGGGUCUGUGAUACCGCGUGCAAUGUUCUGAAUGAUCCGUGUAACCAGAUUUGCGUGAAAACACCAAACGGGCCAACUUGUAGGUGCGAAGAAGGCUUCUACUUAACAGGUGACGGUAAAACGUGCGAAGAUAUAGACGAGUGCGUCGAGGAGCCGCCUCUCUGUGGUCAGCUCUGCCACAACAUCCCCGGGUUCUACCUUUGCGACUGCUACGAAGGCUUUGCUCUCCGCACCGAUCGGAUCUCCUGCAAAGCCGAAGGCAAACCCAUGUCAAUGGUCUUCGUCACCGACAAUCAAAUUCGACAAAUGUCGCAAAUGGAGAACUCUCUCAAACUUUUGUACUCGGAAGAUGGUCCCAAAAUCACAGGUUUGGAUGCCUCCUCCGACACCAUUUACUUCUCUAUGGAAAACUCGGGUACUAUCGUUAAAAUUAACCAAACUAGUGGCAAGUCGGAGUUUUUGGAAGCCGCCGGCCAACCCACGAAGCUCUCCCUAGACUGGCUCACUCAUAACAUUUACUACAUGAAUAACGAACCUAGAGGCAAAAGCAUCAGUGUGUGUAACUUCGACGACAAGAGUUGCACUAGGUUGUUGUCCAUAGACCAGCACAGACAAGUGUCCGCCAUCGCUGUAGAUGCGGAAAAUAAAUACCUCUUUUACGCUAUAGUGAGCUGGUCCAUGUUCAAGCCGCCAAAUUAUGUCCUUUACAAAACCAAUUUAGAUGGUACUGCCGUACAAGAACUCGUCAAGAAUAGUCCUGGGUUUAUCACGGGUUUAGCUUUCGAUCUAUAUAAGAAGGAGCUCUACCUUGUCGACCAACACCAAGGUCAGUUGAGUAAGAUUGGAUACGAUGGUAUCAGGAAGGUUCUUCUCGUUGCGAAUCUCACGAGACCCAACGGAUUGGCGGUUUUCGAAAACCAGGUUUUCUUCCAAACGGCCGGUUUUAUGCAAAAGUGUCGUCUGUACGCGCCCGUCGUAUGUGACAAUUUCAAAUUCAAAAGUGACAUGUUUACUGUGGUACAGAAAUCGAAACAAACACCUGGUAUAAACCACUGCCAAAAUCACACUUGUUCCUUCGUGUGCGUGGCAGCUCGAGAAGAAUACCGAUGUCUGUGCGAGGAUGGAAAAGUGGUAAUGCCCGAAGAAGGGUGUGAUUCUAAUAAACGUGAGGCUAGUUCCGACGACAGUAGAAGAGUUCUCGUGACGUAUCACCACGAGCACUACUCUUCCAACCCAGGUCCUGUGAUUGCUGGAGUGAUGAUUUCUAUAUGUUUGGUGGCUUUCGGUAUAUUUAUUUUCUUUGUGGUGAAGAGGAGAAGCAGUGGGACUUUCAAUCUCAUCAAUAUGAGAUUCCACAAUCCCGCAUAUGGCUUACAUAGUGACGAUGCCGAAAAGUCUAUUUUAGAACCAGGUCAACACGAGUAUUCCAACCCAGUUGAUUUUUUUGAGAACCAAGGAGAAUCCGAUUCCACCUCCACCUCCACCAAAAAAGAAGUGUUAGUUGAUGUGUAGUGUUGUCCUGUUUUACUGUUGUUGUUGCGUAUUGAUUGUGUAUCAAUAUUAUUGUUAUUAACUCUUUUAGAUAAAUUGUAGCUCUGGCCUAACAAAUAAAGUUUUAAAACUAUUUAAAA